AUGGCGACGGCGGUUAUGAUAGACAACGGCCUUUCACUCGGCUGGGAGACCAGCCAGUGCCAAAGCUACAAAUAUUUCCUCAAAAUCGUCACAGUCGAGCAACCAAAGUUCCCGACACCGCGAGAACGAGGUAAAAACAUCGAACGACUGUUUUAUCCAAAAUCAGACCUCCAGACGAUUUUUAUGCAGGAUGGGGUACUUAGAGAUAUCGUUUGCUGCACGACUUGUAAAGGGUGUAGGUUAUUCCGAGGGCCCGAGACGACAGCAGGGAAUAAGUUAGAAGAGAGUCUUAUUAUCAAUAGCAUUAUCGAUCCGGAGCGUCCUCGGUUUAUUCUCCUGGCCAUACUUGUGUGUAUGGGCCAGGCGUAUCUCAUAAGAUACUUAAAUCCUGAGAGAUUCUCAGACAAUAACCUCGAUAAUAUUACGAACGAGAUGGUGAUGCGGAGGGGUCAUUUAGAGGAGCUUUUGCCUCAAACAUUAAGUGUAGAACAUUUUUUGGAUCGGUUCCAGAUGUUAAGGCGAAGAUUCGAUUUGAAAACAUUCGAUCAAUUCGUCAAGGGGAGACGACUAGAAUUCGACGAAGAAGAUAUUCUACCGUUCAGUGUCGACGAAGAACAUAGCUCAAGCACAUAUGGAAUUGUCCAUAAGUUCGAGAUCUACCCUUGUUAUAAUAAUAUAACAAGAAAUGGGAUCAAGGUCACGAAGUUCGCCCGGAAGAUACUACGCGCGGAAAUCGCAGAAACCGAUUUUCGAUACGAGCGCGACAACUUAGCCUUUGUCAACAGCCUGAACAACCCCAACAUCAUCGAAAUGUUCUGUUGGUAUACCAGGAAAAAGCCUGGGUAUAAGAAAGAGUUCACCUACGUAUUCCCUUUCAUGGAGGCUAGCCUACACGAUGUUCUCUCCGGGAAGCCCAACACCCCGGCUGAUCUCAAAAAUCACCAAACGACGUCGUUAUACAAUAGUCCAAUGUGGCAGCAAAUGGUAGACGUAACUUCGGGUCUCGUUGCGAUCCACAAUCCUGACCCGAACUUAUUGAAGAAACGGGGGCUACAACCGGCGCCAGGUGGAUGGCUUGGGUACCACUUCGACUUCAAGCCUAGUAAUAUCCUUGUAGAUUCCGACGGCAAAUUUCUUAUAACAGAUUUUGGCCUGUCAGUUUUCAAGCGGCGGGGAACAGACGAUACUGCCACUUCAACAAGGGGCGAGGAAAGUGAGAUGUUGUACGACCCUUUAGGCACCCCAGCAUACCAGCCCCCAGGGGUUCAACCUGCCCCAGGAAUCCUGCCCAUUGGAGAUGUUCCGUAUGAUAUCCCCAGAAUGCGUCGUACAUACGACGUCUGGUCUCUCGCUUGUGUGAUGACUGAAGUCGUCACCUAUAUUCUCGGCUACGAUGGGAAAAAGGGCGCAGCCGCCGUUUCCCGCUUUAAGGAAAUGCGUAUGGCUGACUCAACGCGAGAUAGUUCUUCAGCGUGGCAUUGUAGGUCAAGUGCGGCGAAUAACGAACCUCGUCUAAAGCCUAGUGUUGAAGACUGGUUCAAGUAUAUGAAAAUUCUAGCGGGCACUGAGGAUCCAUACCUCAGUACUAUUCUUGAUUUACUGGAGGAAAUGUUUGGGAUUUAUUCAAGAUCAAAUUCGAAGGACGCGGAGCAAAGACUAAGAGCUGCAAAUCAAAGAGAAAAAGAGAGACAAGAGUCGAUAUUCCGAGGGUCGACUAUACCAACAGAAGAGGUUCAAUUCUCAGUAACGCAAUGGAUUAAAGCAAGAGGGAAAGAAAAUCUCAUUUACGACAGUGAGCUUCAGGCCAAAUAUAUAAUGUUCGUCCAGGACUACCACCACGACCGGUCAAGUAUUGAUUAUCGGGGAGAUAGACUGAAACUUCGGCCUUGGAUUGAAGUCCAGGCCUUGAAGGUAUUCCAAAGCGAACAUACUAAGUCACGCCUAAGAGUUGUUAUAACAUUCAAAGAGCAGAACCGGCUUGUCGCAGAGUCAGAAGGCUCUGUAUAUAGUACGGAACAGUUCAUCCCUCUAUACCAUUAUGAGGACCUAAAUGAGGAUUUUGCCAACUCUUGUGCCUUCAGGAACGCUUUUGUAGAUAGGCUCAUCGGCUUUGAAGACUUUUCGGACUUGCGUCAGUUCCAGGAGGCUAUUUUAGGGUACAGAAUCAAAUCAGAGUCGGACCAAAACAUCCGUUUUUGCUUUACCGACAAAGAAGAUUCCAAGUGGAAGUCUGAGAUAGAUGGCGCGCGAGUUGAGAUAUGGACCACGCAUGGACUAUCGAAGCCACCCCAGCUAUAUAAUGUUGGUCAAAAAGGUAUCGGUUUACCGAUGCUCAAUCGGGUCAAUAGCGGUCAAGGUUCGACACUGACCCCACCUCACACCCCCCGUGAGGGGUCAAUUAUCACACAAGCGUCACCCAUACCUGGAAAGAGUCAUGAUUCUUCCGUAAUUAUUUUUCGCCCUUCUCACAGGGAUAUUCUGGUGAUCCCUGCCCUUCAGCACAAAGCACGAAUAUGUGGUGGCUGCCCUGGCAAUUGGAGUGACCCGAAUUCUAUCAGCUUCAUCGUAAACCCGCCGCAUGACAAGUUUGCAGUAUUGAGGUUCAGAUCAGAGUCUCUAGGACCACGUUUAGACCCGCUGGACCCAAUAUCGUGUAUCCCUGGAAUGCCACUCGGGCUCAAAGAGGCAGUACUCCGUUCGAGAGACGAUGUGGACAAGAAAACAGUUUUCAAUCAAACUUGCGUUAGUUUAAGAUUCAAGAGUGAAAAGCACUGCCUCGAUUUUAUUGCUGCUUUCUCUCGAGCGUUCCCUUGGAAGCACUUGUACGAGACAGGAUUUUUCAAUGCGCACUUUGGCAACAACCGGAAUCCAGCACUAGCAGUUCCGAUUUGA